UGUACAUACUAGCACUUGCUCAGCCCUGCUCUUCUCGGUUCCCUGGCAGCUGCGCACCCGACCGGCGCGUAAAAAGUGGCACGGAGUGUCUUUCGGUACCCGCCGGUGCCGCGCGCUACGCACUGAGCGCCUGGAAGAGCUCUCAUCAAGCACAAGCAAAGUACACAGGGACAGCACCUGCUAUAGCGGGGCGCGCGGAGGACGAUGGCGCGCCGCUUACUCGCCACGCUCCUCACCACACAAGCCGCAGCGCUCCUCGCGCCGCGCCACCGUGCCGCGCCGCCGCCGCCCUUGAGCGGCCGAGACUCACUCCAGCUGACGAGGCUCCGCGCGGCGCUCACGGACCUCCCCACCCAACAACCGGAGAACCCGGUAGCCGAGGCCGAGAUUAGAUAUGAUCCGGACAAGGCCCAGAAGUUGUUAACAAGACAACCGAGACGAUGGCUCACACGAAAUGUGCAACUUUUUUUCCCUUUGGCCGGCUUUAUCGCCUCAAUAAUCAGUGACCGGGCCAUGAACUGCGAACUCCAGAGGAGGGAGCAACGAGCGUCGGAGUUGCUGGAGCUCAUCUCCAAUUUAGGACCAGCCGUCAUCAAGGGCGGGCAAGCAUUGGCCUCGAGACCAGACCUUCUCCCAGCAGAGUAUCUCAGGAAACUCCAAGAGCUCCAGGACCGCGUGCCGGCCUUUCCCACCGACGAAGCUUUACGGAGGGUCGAGGCGUCUCUCGGUUUAAGGAAUUUCACGGACGUCUUCACGUUGCUCGUGGAUGAGCCGGUAGCUGCUGCAAGUAUCGGUCAGGUCUACAAGGCUCGAUUAAGGAACGGGAAAGUCGUCGCGCUUAAAGUCCAGCGGCCGGACUGCGAGCGCGUCGUCGCGUUGGAUCUGUUCGUGUUAAGGUGGUGGGCGCGGCUCGGCACGUCGUUCUUCGUGCGCGCGUUUGGAAGGGACCUAGACCUAGUCUCAGUGGUCGAUGAUUUUGGAGCAUUAAUAUACCGCGAGAUCGACUACCGCGCCGAAGCGAGAAAUGCGAGGCAGUUCGCUAAAUUAUAUCAGGGCUACGAGAAUACGAUACGAGUUCCGGAGAUAUAUGACGAGCUCACGACCUCCACAGUCCUGACGAUGGAGUGGGUCGACGGGACGCGAUUGGUGGACGGGGCCGAGUUGGCCGUGUAUACGGGCGACGAUAAAGCUGGUACGAGAUUGGUAGACGCCUUGGUACAGUGUAGUCUGCGGCAGAUGUUGGAUAGCGGCUUCUUCCACGCCGACCCGCACGCCGGCAACUUAUUAGCGACAGAUGAUGGCAGGUUGUGCUACUUGGAUUUCGGGAUGAUGUCCUAUCUGGAAGAGCGUCAAAGGGUCUCGAUCAUCGAGGCUGUGGUUCAUCUCGUGAAUCGCGACUUCGAGGCCCUGGCCGACUUGUAUGUAAGGAUGGGCUUCAUCAAGGCGGGCACGGACGUCAAGCCCAUCGUGCGCGGCCUGCAGGACGCCUUGCCGGACGUCUUGGAUGCUCCUGUCAGUGAAUUGAAUGUAAAAAACGUGGCCUCGCGACUGGGAGAUGUCAUGUACACGUUCCCCUUCGCGCUGCCGCCGUUCUACGUCGCUAUUAUAAGGUGUUUGGGCGUGCUCGAGGGCGUCGCUAUACAGGUGGAUCCUGGGUUCCGAAUUGUUAAUGAUGCUUACCCGUACGUCGCUGCCCGCCUGCUGACCGACGAGGCUCCCGAACUGCGACGAGCCCUCACGAACCUCCUGUUCAAGGACCAGAAGCCGCAAUGGCGCCGCUUCGAGGCGUUGCUGAACCGAGCUUCUUCGUCCAGUGAAUACGACGCGUCCGCCGUCGCCGCUUAUCUCAUCACAGCAUUGACGGAGGAAAGCGCGGGCCCGCUCCGGGAGAAGCUCGUGGAUGAUCUAGCCGAUGCGUUGGACUAUCUGGGUGUGGGUGUAGCCUUAGACGUGGCCUCAGCCGCGGGACUGGACUUGCCCGAACCUCCAGACUUUCUGAAUGGCCACCAGGAGGGCGAGGCGCCCCCGGCGGCCGCCGCUUUAUUAGCUGCUCGAGACUUUUUGUUGGGGGAUGGUGAGGGUGGCGACGUCGACAUCGGUAGUGUUACGAGAGCAGCUCGCAAGGUGCAGCCCGUGGCCCAGUCGCUGUACGACGCGCCGUCGCUACGGGCGGCGCUGAUCGAAGUGUUGGCGCGGGCGUCGGAGCGCGCCGCCAGUCGCGCCAUCCGGCUAGCGUUGAAGGCGGCGACGGACCCCGGGGCGCUCCGCGUGGAAGAGGUGGAGGAGGAGGCGCCGGCGCCGGACUAUCCGUUCGGGUACUCCUAAUGUCCUGUUGUUUAUA